AUGUUGCCAGAACAGUAUAGUAGCAGUGACGCAAUCUCUAAUGCUAUAGACCAACACCUCUCUUCAUUCAAGUAUCUGUCUCUCUAUACUCUCAAGGGAACGGACAAGUUCAUGGCCGAGGAGAUUGAUGCCGAGAUACAGGGUGAAGGUGAGCGUGCCACGCUGGAUAUGCUGUACGCAGAGUACGCCUCUGCACAGCUUCUGGCACACUCCAACAUUAUCAGGUAUCAUGGUCUCUUUGUACACGCAUAUUACGUCUAUAAUGUCACUCAGUUCUGUGCCACCCCGCUGAGUGCCGUGAAAUUUUACAAUAAAGAUUGCGGCUUGUCCGUCAGCGAUGUACUUAAGUUCACAGCCCAGACGGCACUUGCCCUAGCCUACCUCCACAGUCCAUAUAAGGUCGGUCCGCAACACAUAAGCACGUUUUGUCUUCCACGGGUGCAUGGAUGGAUGUCCUUAGACUCCGUAGUUAUUGACGCCGCCUCCUCCAGAUAUGUGGUCAUGGACCUGGUACCUACUUUGAGGAGACUUCGGGUAAAGUCGAAGAGAACCCCCAUGUCGAGACGGUAUUUUUCGCCCGAAAAGCUCUUGCGUGGGGACGACUCUCCUGGAUUCCCUCAGGAUGAUGCCUGGAGUCUUGGCAUCAUUCUGUAUGAGUGUAUCACAAAUCAGAAAUUUAACUGCCCCGAUAAAGAACACUAUGCUACAGAAGAGCAGUGGACUGAAUUCAUGGGGAAACAUAUUGACUUAAUUCAAGACGUUUGGCUCCGAAAUCUUGUUAUGCAGCUUCUUGCCUUCAAUCCAGCUGAGCGUUUGACAGUGGAGGAGCUUCUGAUGGACCCACGGAUUGCUCAGGCAGCAGCAGACAACGAGGCGAGGCUUGUGUCUCACAUGGAGCUUUCUUUCCUAGGAGACAAGAGAAUGCAGUGCCUAUACCCAGAGAUCGUUCAAGCAAACAAGGAUCUGCACUCUAACCUGGAUCAGUUACUCUCGGAAAUAAGUGGUGAAGAAAGGAGAAGCUUUGAGUUGAAGGAGCAAUGCGAAGAUCUAACGACUCAGCAAGAAAGCCUCCUCUCUGAGAUAGCUAUGCAACAAGCAGCCGUCAGCUCUAUGAAAGAUCUUGCAAAUGAUAUCAAUCCAAACUAUGACCAGCUUAAGGCCGAACUUGAGGAACUCGCUAGGUAUCUAGACAUCGAUAUUAAUCAGGAAAACACACUUUCCAUGCUAAAUGGUGCAGAUCAGGCAAUCCAAGACAUGAUGAAUGCGAUACAACAACUACAAGAGCUAGUCUCGAUAUAUAAUGACCACAAGGAGCGCAUUAGAGAUCCAAAUCAAUUGAAUAGAGAAGCUGAUGCAAUGUUAGUAGAUCUAAAGAGCACUAUCUAUUCUACUGCGCAGUUCAUUGCUCGCUUAAGUAAGGAUGCUUGCGUUGAUCUUCUGGACAGUGACAUUCCCACGUGCUCUGUAUGCCUAGGAAGUUUAUCUAAUAUAGUAUUUUAUCGGUGCAACCAUAUUGCGUGCUGUAAUGUCUGUUUGGAGCACAUAUUAAAUAGUACGCGCACGUGUCCCAUCUGCAGGACAGAGAUAACUCAGUACAAGGAGGUAACUUGGUAA